AUGGCUCAAGCUUCCGCGGCGGACCCCGCCCCAGGCACCUUCGCCGCCUUCCUAGCUGAGGUGGCGGCGGCCGGCGGCGGGGCGCACAUGUCAUGCUUUGCGGCCUUGGGGGUCACAUCUCGGUCGGCGGUGGGACCAGCCGGGCCGGCAUUGGUGGCCGCCGGCGUCCCCGAGCAGGUCGUACUCACACUGGCCACGGCGACCCAACCCGGGCCAGUCAGGGGACCGACGUCGGCCAUGGUACCACAUCGGGCGGACAUCCCGUACCGACGCCCCGCGCAGAGGGCCUCACUGCAGGCGGCGCUGGGGGCGGCCGACCCGCAGAACACCCAGAGGGCCAUCGACGAGCUGGAGUCGGCGGUGUUCGCCUCCACCACGCGGCGGUCGGUGGACUCCCGCAUCAGGUUUUGGCUCAAGAUAGCAGAGCGUCACGGCGUGGAGCCCUGGCCCCUCGACCACUACCGGAUCAAGCUGCUGGCGGCGUGCCUCAAGGACGGCGGCUACAAGUCGGCGCAGCUCUACCUCGACGCCGCCAUCUAUCACCACGAGCACGUCCUUCAACUCGACGUGCCACCGGCCCUGAAGAAAGCAGCCCGGCGCUUCGCCCGGGCGGCGGUCCGGGGCAUGCCAGGAUCGAAACUGAAGCAGGCCUUCGACCUCGGCGUCCUGUCGACCUUGGUCAGAUUCCAAGCGGCGCCUGAGCCCCUGGACUGCGCACGGCGGUGA